AUGGGCUGGCUAUGGGGCUCAUCGGGAUCAUCAUCCUCCGGUAACGACAAGGACAAGGCCCCCGAUUCUAAAAAGCCUAUAUCGAAUCUCGAUCCGUCGCUGGAUAAUUAUUUCAAAAGCAGUACACCAAAGGAUGACAAACCUACAGUUCCUCCUCCAGCUGAAGAGCCAUUACCAGAGCUCAAGGUCGUAGACUGGUCGAAGAAGCUCGAAGAUCAGCAGCAGGACGACUCUGAACCCCCACCUCCCCAUUCAUUAUCUGCUUAUGGGGAUCGAUAUCAAGAAUACUGGGCGACAUAUAGAGGUCCUAGAGGGAUUAGAGCCGAUGGUCCAGAGGCUCAGAUGAGAGAAAUUGUCGAGGGAAUGAAGCAAAAGAGAUUUUUGAUUGGAAAUGCAGCACGAGAGAAUUGUUCAUUUGAGGAGGAGGCUAUGUUCGAUUGCUACAAGAACGGCUCCUGGUGGCAGACCUUGAUGAUGUGCAGAGCAGAGAGCCAGAGAUUUGGCAAAUGUCAAGAGCAGCAAAAGGAGUUUUUGAAGGCCUUAGGCUACCUAUCAGAGCCCGGGCGGGAUCCGGUGGUCGAAGAGAGGAUACAGAUGCAUGCGGACAAAUUAUUUCGCCAGCAGCUUGCACAAGAUGAUGCUACAAUAGCCGCAUUAAAAAGCGGUCAGAAUAUUGGCGAAGCUGUUGCAAAAAUCAAAGCACAGCAGGCUCCGGAGAACACAGCUCCGGACGGUUCUAAUCUUAAACCCAUUCAGAAGGAUACAUGA